AUGAAGCCUUUUCUGGCCCUACUGGGGCUCCUCCUGUUUCUUUCCUUUAUGAAGACUCGUGCUGAUGAUUGGUCAGCCAUUCGUCUGCAAUGUGCCAAUCACUGGUUCUAUCUCAGGAUCAAGGCUACGCUAUUUCCCAACAUUUUUAUGGAACCUGAUGAAGUGUUUUUAGGAUUUGGCUGCCCUGUGACCACUGUCUGGCCAAAUGAUAUCUAUGAAUUUACCUACCGUACUAACUCCUGCGGCAUUGUCAAUAAAGUUCUUUGUGGUGUCACUCUGCUGCAGACGCAACUUACAUACAUCUCAAAAAAUGCUUCUCUACGAGCUAAGAUGAGUUUGUCCUGUGUUCUGCACAGUGUUUCAACAUCAAGCGAAGGCCACCAGGUCUCCAAUGAGCCUCAGGCCUCUGAAACAAGCAGCUCUGAGGCUGCUGAAGUACCUAGCUUCAUGGAUCAAAACUUCUCAGUGUUCCAUUUCUCCAGAAUGCAGGUGGUCUGGUGA